AAGUUCUUGUUUUACUCCAGUUCCAGCUCCUCCGGCGCUAAAAUCUCCGAAAACCUGUGCCAUGGAGGCUUCAAGGCUGGAUGUGUUUACGAGCAUUUUUUCUUUUCUAUGAAAUGCAAACAUAUAAAUUUUGGGUUUAGGGUUCCUGGAUUCUUGCUAACAAUGUCUGGAUUCUGGAAGCCAGGAACUGAGCGACCUGGGGAGAGGGUCGUCCUUACUGGCGACAGGGAUGAAGACGAUGUUCUUCUUGCGGCAGCUGCGGGGGGCUACCAGUCUGGCUACAUGAAUCUUCAAAAGCAGCGCAAUCGCCUUCCCAUUCACAAACAUCGCACUGCGCUGCUGUACAUGGUUGAAACAACUGCGACCGUCAUCGUCAUUGGAGAAACAGGAUGUGGAAAAACGACGCAGAUACCUCAGUAUCUCUGUGAGGCAGGAUGGGCUGAUGGUGGCCGAGUCAUCGCGUGUACCCAGCCUAGAAGAUUGGCUGUCCAGACUGUAGCUGCGCGAGUGGCAGAAGAAAUGUCGGUCUCCCUGGGUGCCGAAGUUGGAUAUUCCAUUCGUUUUGAAGACAUCACAACGCCGGGGGUAACAAAGAUCAAAUAUGUGACCGAUGGUGUCCUCGUGAAGGAGAUGAUGGAAGAUCCUCUGCUUACUAAAUACAGUGUUAUAAUGAUUGACGAAGCGCACGAGAGAUCGAUUGCUACUGAUAUAGUUCUUGGACUUUUGAAAAAGAUCCAACGGAAACGCCCGGAGCUGCGUCUUAUAGUUUCAUCAGCAACCCUGCAAGCUAAAUCUGUUGCGAAUUUCUUCGACUUGAGCCAAGAGCGAAAAAUCAUUGCACAGACCGAUAAAAUGCCAAAUCUGAAGCCUGCAAUUGUUUCUGUACAGGGACGAAUGCAUCCAGUACGUCUGUAUUAUAGCGAGGAGCCUGUUGAAAACUACAUAAGAGCUGCUGUUACCACCGUGCUUUUGAUUCAUAAACUGGAACCUCCUGGAGACGUUCUUGUUUUCUUAACCGGCCAAGACGACGUCGAUAAAACGGUUGAGAUGCUUAACGACGAAGCCGAAAACCUGCCGCGUGACUCUGAUGGUCUCUUUGUUCUCGCGUUGUAUGCUGGAUUAUCUCGUAGCGACCAGGAUCUUGUCUUUUCAUCAGCACCAAGAGGGAAACGCAAGGUCAUUGUCUCUACAAAUAUAGCAGAAACAUCAGUAACGCUUGAGGGGAUCGUGUACGUUGUUGAUAGUGGGUUUUCAAAGCAGCGAUUUUAUAAUCCGCUCACGGACAUGGAGGCUCUUGUCGUUUCACCAAUUUCAAGGGCGUCUGCCAUGCAAAGGUCAGGGAGAGCUGGUCGUGUACGUCCUGGAAAGUGUUACAGGCUCUAUACGGAGAACACGUUUCUUCACGAAAUGGACGCGGAAACCGUGCCUGAGAUUCAAAGGUCGAACCUUGUUUCUACUAUUCUUCAGCUGAAAGCACUGGGCAUCGAUAACAUUAUGCGGUUCGAUUGGCCUGCGCCACCACCCCCAGAAACCAUGGUCAGAGCGUUGGAGCUUCUGUAUGCGCUAGGAGUUCUGGAUACCGAUGCUAAGCUAACUUCACCUGUAGGUUAUCAGAUUGCAGAGAUCCCUCUGGAUCCAAUGAUAUCUAAGAUGUUGAUAGCAUCUGCAUCACUCGGCUGUUCUAGCGAAGCACUUACAAUCGCUGCAACUUUAUCCGUUCAGUCCAUCUGGUUAUCGAGUAGAGGCAGGCAAAAGGAGCUUGAUGAAGCUAGAGAUCGUUUUGCCGUGGCAGAGGGUGAUUUGGUGACUUAUUUGAAUGUCUACGAAGGCUUCGUAAAGAGCAAUAAAUCACCGCAAUGGUGUCAUACAAAUUUUGUCAACUAUCAAGCUAUGAAAAAGGUUGCCGACGUUAGAGCCCAACUAAGGAGGCUGAUGCAGCGCCUGGGCGUUAAGCUCACCUCCUGUGAGAAUGAAAUGGAGGUCUUGAAGAAGGCCAUUGCAUCUGGCUUCUUUGUGAACGCCAGUCUCCUUCAGGAGACGAGUGGAGAAGGAAACAUCUACAAGCGAUUACGUGGUGGUCAAGAGCUGCUGAUUCACCCCUCAUCUGUUCUGUUCCGGGCCGCACCGCGAUGUGUCGUGUUCCACUCGGUCAUGUUCACUGGCAACAACUACAUGCGAGAUGUCACGGCCGUCGAUCCGGGCUGGCUCACAUCCGUCGCCCCACACUUCUUCGAGCGCAAGAAGCUGGCAGUCUAGGCAGCUACACACGUCCGCUCCAAGCAAGAGGGAGCACGUAAAAGCUAAAGUUACGAAUGCGACUAGCCGUGCAACUCGGACCGUGGGGACUCUUGCUCGCUCCUCGGCACGGGAGUCUCUUGGGAAAGACGUGGGUUAAAAGAGCAUAUCAUCCGCCGCUUGGACAA